AUGGCGGCCAGUCCAGCCCUAAGCCAAGGGACCGGCUACGGCAUUAUGGUUGGCCUGAGCCUCCUGUUCGCCUUUAGCAUGAUGCUGUGCACCUUUGUCCUUAAGCGGUACAACAACGAAGUUCAAACGUCCGAGGUGUACAGCACAGCAGGACGCACGGUCAAGACUGGUCUUGUCUCCUCUGCAGUAGUCUCGUCGUGGACGUGGGCAGCAACCGUGAUGCAAUCCUCUGCCAUUGCGUAUAAGUAUGGAGUGUCUGGAGGUUUCUGGUAAGCAAGCUCCGGUCGCAUACACAGACGAGAGGCUAAUCUGGGGGCGUGUGCAGGUACGCGAGUGGCGCUACAUGCCAGAUUCUCCUCUUUGCAACGUUGGCGAUCGAGCUGAAGAGGAAGGCACCAAAUGCUCAUACCGUACGUAAGGCUGUAAGCUUCCGUGCAUUGCCCACGAUUGACGCAAAGCAGUUUCUAGAAGCCAUUCGUGCUCGAUAUGGCCCAGCGACGCAUGGCGUGUACAUGGCUUUCGGCCUCGCGACAAAUGUCCUCGUCACCGCGAUGCUACUGACAGGCGGCUCGGCGGUAGCCUCGUCGCUCUGUGGUAUACCGACCGCUGCAGCUUGCUUCCUGUUGCCAGUCGGUGUCGUUCUCUACACGAUCUUCGGCGGGAUUAAGGCGACAUUCCUGACUGACUAUGUGCACACCAUCUGCAUCAUGACGGUCUUGUUCAUAUUCGGCUUCACGGCGUAUGCUACAUCGGACCUCCUCGGCAGCCCAGGGGCUGUUUGGGAAGCGCUCAUGGCGGUGUGUGCCAGCAUUCCUUCUCAAUUUGGUUGGAAAGCGGCUAAUGUAAUGUUUGUAUCCCAAGGCAUCCGAGCGCCAUCCUGUCGAAGGGAACGCGAAAGGGAGCUACCUGACCAUGAGAUCCAGAGAGGGUGGCAUCUUUUUCCUGUAGGCAAUGAGUCAUCGCAACACUCGAUAAGCGAGGCUGAUAUCCAUGCAGCAUCAAUGUCACAGAGAACUUUGCCACGGUCUUUCUAGACAACGGAUACUGGAACAAAGCUAUUGCGGCUCAUCCGGCUCAUGCGCUUUCGGGAUACGUUGCUGGCGGCUUAUCGUGGUUUGCUAUACCAUGGUUCGCGGCAACUACAAUGGGUGAGAGGCACGAUGACGCUCGUGAGUGUUAAGAAUGCUUUCUGACAGCUGCAGGAUUGUCGGCUCUUGCUUUGGAGAAUAAUCCCGUGUUCCCUACGUUAGUGUCGUCCGGCGUCUAAGAACGGGAUGUUUCCCGCUAAAAGUGUGCCAGAUAUCCAAAUCGAAUGGACCCCGCCGACGUAUCAGCUGGCCUCGUACUUCCAAACGCAGCGGUUGCGCUUCUUGGCUCGGGAGGAGCGAUUGCUACGUUGGUGCGUUCAAUCUCGUUCUCGUUCCUUGAGUCCCGACGAGCCCUUUGUUGACUGACCUUUAGAUACUGAUCUUUAUGGCUGUCACUUCGGCCAUGUCCGCCGAGCUCAUAGCUGUCUCCACGAUCUGCACGUACGAUAUCUACAAGGUACGCCGUCGAUGGAAGUCUGUCCACGUUGCGUGCGCUGAGCGGCUAGCUGACUUGUCUCCCGCUUUCAGUCGUACGUUGAUCCGCAAGCGAGCUCUAGUACUCUGGUUCGAGUAUCGCACCUGAGCUGUAUCGUAUACUCGAUCUGUCUUGCUGCCUUCAGCACAGGUCUGUAUUACGCGGGCAUCAGGUACGCACUCGAAAUCUCAACUUUGGAUUUCAGCUGAUGGAUCGACAGUCUCGGGUGGCUAUACCUCUUCAUGGGCGUAGUAGUGAGCGGCGCAGUCCUUCCGGCCACUGGAACUCUCUUUCUCGCCCGCCAAUCCUGGGCAGCAGCAACAUUUUCGCCUCCCAUUGCAGUCGUCUUCUCCCUCAUCGGUUGGCUCGUUCAUGCAAGUUCCAAGUUCGGUCAUGUCGAUAUCGACUCCACUGGAGAUAUGGAUACGAUGUUGACUGGAAAUCUCGUGUCGUUGCUCAGUCCUGUGCUCUUCAUACCAGUGCUGUCACUUAUAUUCCCGAGCCCGAGCUACGAUUGGGCCAGCAUGGGUACAAUCCGCAGGGACGAUCAAGUCGACGUUCCACAGGAUCCAGAAUCUGCUCUUGCACGACGGUCGCCGCCACAAGAUGAAGCGGAACGAACACAACUAGGACGAUCAGCCAGAAUUGCAGGAAUUCUGACAAUCAUCCUCACUCUCGCCACCGUCAUCCUCUGGCCAAUGACAAUGUAUGGCACUGGAUACAUAUUUUCGAAGAAGUUCUUUACCGGGUGGAUUGUAGUGACAUUCAUCUGGCUCUUCUGCUCCUUCUUAUGCGUUGGUGUGUAUCCGUUGUGGGAAGGCCGGACGACUUUUGCCAGGACCGUGAGGUUAAUCUUCAGGGAUGUGACCGGAAAAGGUCGAGAGCCAGCUCGUCUUACUAGCCAUGCGUACCCAGUAUUGUCGUCCGAGACGACUAAGGAGAAGAAAGAAUUUGAUGGCGAUUGCGAGAAGAAAACGUUGGACACACCGCCAGAGGUGGAGCUGAAGCCGUAA